CCGGGAGCCCGGUGGCCCCGCCCUCCCCUUCUGGCUACUCCCCUCGGGGCGACACCGCUGGGUUCCCAGAACAAUGGGAAAGCUGGUGGUGCUGACCCUGCUCGGGGCCGGUCUGGCCCUGAUCGGGGAGAGGUUUGUGGCGCUCAGACAAAGAACUAAUGCAUUUCGAGAAGUGGAGCCCGUAGAACGCCAUAACUGCCACUUCAUCGAGGGAAUUGAAAAUGGCUCUGAAGAUAUUGACAUACUUCCUAGUGGGCUGGCUUUUAUCUCCAGUGGAUUAAAAUAUCCAGGCAUGCCAUGCUUUGCACCUGAUGAGCCAGGACAAAUCUUCAUGAUGGAUCUGAAUGAGCAAAACCCAAGGGUCCAGGCCCUAACCAUCAGUGAUGGGUUUGACAAAGCAUCAUUUAAUCCACAUGGGAUCAGUGUUUUCACCGACAAAGACCAUUCUGUGUAUCUUUAUGUUGUGAAUCAUCCCCACAUGGAGUCCACUGUGGAGAUAUUUAAAUUUGAGGAACAACAACGUUCUCUGGUACACCUGAAAACUAUAGAACACGAACUUCUCAAAAGUGUGAAUGACAUUGUGGUUCUCGGUCCAGAACUGUUCUAUGCCACCAGAGACCACUAUUUCACCAGCUUCUUGUCACUGGUAGAGCUGCUGCUGGACCUUCAAUGGACUUACGUUCUUUUCUACAGUCCACAAGAGGUCAAAGUGGUGGCCAGAGGAUUUAGUUCUGCCAAUGGGAUCACAGUCUCACCAGAUAAAAAGUAUAUUUAUGUAGCUGAUGUCAUGGAUAAGAGCAUCCAUGUAAUGCAAAUAUGUGGUAACUGGGAUUUAACUCAGCUGAAGGUAAUACAGUUGGACACCUUGGUGGAUAACCUAACUGUGGAUCCUGACACAGGAGAUAUUUGGGUAGGAUGCCAUCCUAACGCCAUGAAGCUGUUUCUCUACAGCCCUGAGGAUCCUCCAGGGUCAGAAGUUCUUCGCAUCCAAAAUGUUCUGUCUGAGAAGCCCGGGAUAAGCACCGAGUAUGCCAAUAAUGGCUCUGUGCUCCAAGGCAGCACUGUGGCUGCUAUACACAAAAGGACACUUCUCAUAGGCACCAUAUAUCACAAAGCUCUGUACUGUGUGCUCUAGAUUCCAGGUAAUCCCAAAAGACUACGUGUUUGGUAAAAGCAAACCCCUCACUCUGUAAGAAGUGAACUGCAAGUAAAUGGCGAACACCUACAAAAGCGUGCCUGGCUUUUCUGAUGGGUAAAAGUUAAGAAGCAGAGAGGUUACCUAAUAUUCACCAAGUUGAAAAUUGAGAUAGUGACAGUCCAACAAUAAGCCAAAACUCUCAACGCACUCUGUCUGGUACCCCCCUGUUCUUUCCACAGGAAGAUGUGGUGAGUUCAGUGGCCAGCUCCCCGAGGACUCCUUGGAAGCUGUGGCAAAACCACUCCCUAGAACUGUGGUAUUCUGAGCCACCCGCCAUCCAGACUGGGAGAAAAGCUGCUGUUCAAAUAUUUACAACUCCCUUUUCUAUGUUCAAUUGUGCUGGGCACAAAAUGCCAAUCAAAUGCCCAGUGUGUGGAUAAAAGCAAGAUUUGGCAUCACAGGACUCCCCAAAGACCUCCUCAAACUUGCAUUCUCCCCAGGGCAGACAGAGGCCACCAGGGGCUGGGAAGUCUGACUGAGGGAAGCCUCACUCAGGGCAAGCAGGGCUGACCUCUUUCUUCAUAAUCAUCCUUUAUUUGUGCAAUAGUUGCCCCAUAUCCAUGAUCUCACUUUCCAUGCUUUAAUUACCUGUGGUCAUUCGCAGUCCAAAAAUAUUACAUGAAAAUUUCCAGAAAUAAACAAAGUUUUAAAUUGCACGACAUUCCAAGUAGCAGGACGAAAUCUUGAGCCAUCUGUUACCUGCUGCCUCAGAUGUGACUCGUCCCUUUGUCCAGCGUCUCCACACUGCACAUUCUCCCUGCCUGCCAAUCACUCAGUGACCUUCUGGCUUAUCACGUAGACUGUCACAUGGUGUCGUAGGGCUUGUGUUGCAGUAACCCUUAUUUUACCUAACAGUGGCCCCAGAGCUAGUCACCUAAUUUUCAUUACAGUAUACUUUUAAAAAUUGUUCUGUUUCAUUAUUCAUUAUUGUUAGUCUCUUACGGCGCCUAAUUUAUAAAUUAAACUUUACAACACAGUGGUGGGAAAAAAUAGGUUUAUGGUUGC